AUGGAAGGCAAGUGCAAAGUGCUCGUGACGCGCCACAUUCCCUACGUUCUCGAGCAACUGGCUAAGGACCCGAACGUCAUUGUCGACUGCUACGAGCACGCCGACGUGGCGAUUCCGCCGGCAGAGCUUGUUGCCCGCGCGGCGGGCUGCACGGGCAUCCUUUGCAUGAUCACGGACAAGAUCACGCCGCAAGUGCUUGACAGCGCAGGGCCCUCGCUCCAGGUCGUGUCGACGAUCUCAGCGGGGUUUGACCACAUCGAUGUCGCGGCUUGUCGCGCACGGGGCGUCGCUGUUGGCCACACGCCAGGCUGCUUGCACGUGUCGACAGCCGAGCUGGCUGUGAGCUUGACCUUUGCCAUCAAGCGCCGGCUGCUUGAGAGCCACAAGAGCGCGGUUGCUGGUGAAUGGGGCGUCAUCCAAGUCUACCAAUACUGUGGUUCGGACGUCUCGGGCUGCACCGUGGGCGUCAUUGGCCUCGGCGAAAUUGGCCUCGCGUACGCCCGCAUGCUCCAGAAUGGCUUUGGGUGUCGCAUCCUCUACACUGGCCCGAGAGAAAAGGCAGCGGCCGACUUGGGUGGUCUUCGCGCCACGUUUGUGGACUUGCCCACGCUUCUCUCGGAAAGCGAUGUGGUGAGCUUACAUUGCCCGCUGACGCCAGCGACGCGUCACCUCAUUGAUGCGCCGGCCCUGGGCCUCAUGAAGCCCGGCGCUGUCCUCAUCAACACGGCGCGCGGCGACGUGGUCGACCAGGACGCGCUCGUGGCCGCAUUGCAGUCCAAGCCGAUUGCCGCGGCGCUCGACGUCACGACGCCCGAGCCCCUUCCACCGGCGCACCCCCUGUUCCACUUGCCCAACUGCAUCGUUGUGCCGCACAUUGCCUCGGCGACGCUGCGGACGCGGCACGCCAUGUGCGACCGCGGUCUCGCCAACGUCCUCGCCGGUGUGGCUUCUCGCCCGCUCCCGACGCCGGUGCCGCAAUAAAGUGCGAUUAUACACAAGCAGCGCCCGCCCAUUCGUCCGCUGAUGAUGAUGAUCAAGCAUGCUCAUAUCGUCUCUGCAGACCCAAAUAGCCGUGUUUAUUGUAGUAGGCUUUGGGUUGACGGGUCUUUCUCGCACAAGCUUUUUCGAUACCUUGAGUUAUUCAGGACGUUGUGGUCUUGACGCGGGGUACUUAAGCCCCAAAAGGUGUCGCAGGUCGCACAGGAAUGCUGCUGUCGUCCGUUGACGCAUCAAUACAGCACCUGCAAACGA